UGAAUGAAACAAAGUGCAUGCCAGUUAUAUCCUACAGCUGACCGGUCGUGGUUUUUAAAAGGAUGUGACAUCAAUGCAGCUUUUAUGUUGGGGAACUGCUGAGUUUGUCUGUUACGUUCAGGACUGACUGAUGAUUUUCAUAUUGCUGAGUGCAUGUUCUCGCGUUACACAGGUAGGACUUGGCUCCACAGGUCUGCGACCUGAAGCAUCCAGCAAGACUACCGGACUCCCCACUGGCUCCAUACGUCACAUGUGUAGCUAGGCAUUCCCGUUCUCAGAGGAAUCUGCACUCUGAAGGUGUCACACAGAUCUUGUUUCCAGGUUGCAAUGGAUGCUGGAAGAACAGAUGGAGGUAGCGAUGCCCCUCAGGACAGUAGAGGCCAGUUUACAUCACCGGUCACCUAUGUUUCAAAUUCUUUGAUGAGUGACUUUGUCUCAGACUGGUCACUGUUACAUGAAGCAGCAAUACAUGGCCGCUUUGGUACUUUAAGAAAACUAAUUACAGAUGUAAGUAAAGGACAUAGUGUAAACCUGGCUACAGCAGAUCACGUAACUCCUCUUCAUGAAGCUUGCCUUGGGGGUCAUCCUGGCUGCGUCACUUUCCUGCUGAAACAUGGAGCUCAGGUGAACACUCCUAAUAUUGACUGGAAAACUCCAAUAUUUAAUGCUUGUGUCAGUGGCAGCACAGCCUGUGUGAAUUCACUUCUACAGCAUGGAGCCAGCCCGCACGCAGUAUGUGAUGUAGCAUCUCCAAUACAUGAGGCAUGUAAAAGAGGCCAUACACAGUGUGUGGAGUCUCUGUUGAACUCAGGAGUUAGUAUACAACAAUACAUAAAGCAUCUGGGCUCUCCACUCUAUAUGGCUUCUGAGAAUCAGAAAGUGAACACUGCUAAAAGACUUCUUGAAUUAGGAGCAAGUGCAAAUAUUGGUAAAGAUCUGGACACUCCGCUACAUGCUGCAGCAAGAAAUGACAAUGCCGAUCUAGUGAAUCUACUUAUUGACUAUGGAGGAAGCACACAGAGCAAAAACGCAGAUGGAAAACGACCCUCAGAGCUCAUCCCUCCACAUAGCUCAGUGCAGGAGAUCUUUAGGAAAAGAGAAGGGCCGCUGACUUUGAAGCAGAUUUGUCGUCUUUGUAUUAGAAAGUGCUUUGGACAAAAACAGCACCAUAAAAUAUGUCAUCUUCUCCUUCCAGAGACAGUAAAGCAAUUCCUUUUACACAGAUAAAUUACAAUCUAUAUUUAUUUAUUUUUAUAGCAUAUAGUUUGAUAGUUUGUAUAUUGGUAAAGUAUUAACUGGAACUGA